CAUUAUGAGACAAUUGAGGGUGAAGCCCCAGCAUCCUUCCAUGAAAUGAACAAAGCGCACAGUCUCAAAAAAGCGCAUUUUGUCAAAGAGUUCUAUUUGCCGACGACGAAGGGUUAAAGAGGCGCAGUCGCCACCACUGGUAAGCAGAAGUCAUCAAUGUUGAGCGCACAGACCACUCUCCUCCAGAGCGAUCACAUCUCAACGAACUAUUACGGACGUUACCCUACGUUUUCUUCAACUAGACUACUGGUUUCUCUCUGUUGCUUCCAUCGGGUGCACGGAAACAGGGAAGAAUAACGCCAGGAGGAGAGAAAAAAGGACGCAACUAUGGCAAAACCAAGGUUCCUUGGCAGGCUGACCGACUCCCCUUCCCCAGAGUCUGCAAUGACAAAUGACAAGAAGUAACCUCUCGUCUUGCAAUUCACCUGAGAGGGUAUCAUUUUUGACAGUUCAAGGGACGUAAACAAACACGGGCUCCUCUCCUUGGAAACUGGAAACUGUCUCGCGAUCCCCCCCAAAUAAAGUGGACGCUAAUUUCUAGAACGCUACUUUUAACUUAAAGGACUGUCCACUUGUUCCAUCUCAUGAAGUUACAAAAACGUAGGUCGGGGAUUACAGAAUUUAUUAGUCUAUGACGAGGACACAGUGAAUGUCGUCCGUUUGUCGGGACUCAUCGACGUAGAGGUCAGCAUCGGCGACAGAAAGUCCAAUAACUCCAGUGGGAUAGCGUUCAGCAAAGAUGCCAGUCCGAAGGGGUCACGUGGCACCACAGAAUACUUUCCUCGAUACCAUCAUUAGGAAAUUCGAUAGUCAAAGUCGUAAGUUCAUCAUUGCCAAUGCCCGGGUGGAGAACUGCGCCAUCAUAUUCUGCAACGAUGGCUUCUGUGCCAUGUGCGGCUACUCGCGGGCUGAGAUCAUGCAGAAGCCCUGCACCUGCAACUUCCUGUACGGCCCUCACACCAAGCGGCUGGCCAUCGCCCAGUUGGCUCAAGCACUGCUGGGCUCGGAGGAGAGGAAAGUGGAGAUCAACCUCUACAGGAAGGACGGUGUGUGUUUCCUGUGUCUGGUGGAUGUGGUGCCGGUGAAGAACGAAGAUGGCCUGGUGAUCAUGUUCAUCCUCAACUUCCAGGUCAUUUCAGACGACAAAGAGCCCAACCAGGACCUCAACCACAAGCUUCCCCCCUGGCUCCCCACAGGCCGACCGCGUGGCUUCAAGCUCCGUCUGCCCUCACUUCGUUCCCUCAGCAACAGCAAAGCCUCUCUGGACGACCCAGAGACAGGGCGCCUCCCAGCCCCUGGCUACCCCAGCCACGAGUCCCUGGCUCUGGGAGAGCUGCUCUCCCUGCCCACAUUACCUCCGGGGCACAAGAGCUCCAGUAGCGCAGGCAGCAGGAGCAGGCCGGCCCUCCUGUGGCCCGAGGACCAGCGUGGCCUGCUGGGCUCAGAGCCUUCACCGUCCACCGCCCACUCCUCGCUGCCCCCCGGCCAGUCGCCAUCCCGCAUCGCCCUCCAGACGCUCAACCCGGACGUCUCUCUGUCCAACUGCAGUCUGUCACACAGUCGCUCCCGCGAGAGCUUCUACAGCAUGCGGCGGGCGUCGUCAGUGGAUGACAUCGAGGCCAUGCGGCCGGCGUCAGACCGGAAAUACAGCACAGCCCAUCCCAUCCACAGCAGCACAGGGGCGGUGAACAACAAGUCCAACAUCCUCAACUCCACGUCUGACUCGGACCUCAUGCGUUACCGCACCAUCAGUAAAAUCCCUCAGAUCACCCUGAACUUCGUGGACUUCAGGGCGGACCCCCUGAUCACGCUGCCCGCGGGGGACAUGGACAUCAUAGCCCCCUGCAAGCUCAUCGACCGUACACACCACGUCACCGAUAAAGUCACCCAGGUGCUGUCGCUGGGUGCUGAUGUCCUGCCAGAGUACAAGCUCCAGGCCCCUCGCAUCCACAAGUGGACCGUCCUCCACUACAGCCCCUUCAAGGCGGUGUGGGACUGGCUCAUCCUGCUGCUGGUCAUCUACACGGCUAUCUUGACCCCCUACUCCGCCGCCUUCCUCCUCAACGACCACGAGGAGGCGGCUAUGGUGAACUGUGGCUACUCGUGCUCGCCGCUCAACGUGGUCGACCUAAUCGUGGACAUCAUGUUCAUCGUGGACAUCGUCAUUAACUUCAGGACGACGUACGUCAAUACUAACGACGAGGUGGUCAGCGCUCCACUGAGGAUAGCGGUCCAUUACUUCAAGGGCUGGUUCCUCAUCGACAUGGUGGCAGCCAUUCCCUUCGACCUGCUCAUCUACCGCAGCGGAGAGGAGACGACUACUCUGAUAGGCCUGCUGAAGACAGCCCGCCUCUUGCGGCUGGUGCGCGUGGCGAGGAAGCUGGACCGCUACUCUGAGUAUGGCGCCGCCGUCCUCUUCCUGCUCAUGUGUACAUUCGCCCUUAUCGCCCACUGGCUGGCGUGCAUCUGGUACGCCAUCGGCAGUGUGGAGCGCAACGGCAGCAUUGGCUGGCUCCACACGCUGGGCGAGUCUUUGGGGAAACACUACAACGAGACGGUGCAGGGCUCGGGCCCUUCCAUAAAGGACAAGUACGUGACGGCACUCUACUUCACCUUCUCCAGUCUGACCAGCGUGGGCUUUGGCAACGUCUCCCCCAACACCAACUCUGAGAAGAUCUUUUCCAUCUGUGUCAUGCUUAUCGGAUCUCUGAUGUACGCCAGCAUCUUUGGGAACGUGUCGGCCAUCAUCCAGAGGUUGUACUCGGGUACAGCGAGGUACCACACCCAGAUGCUGCGGGUCCGAGAGUUCAUCCGGUUCCACCAGAUCCCAAACCCACUGAGGCAGCGGCUGGAGGAGUACUUCCAACACGCCUGGUCCUACACUAACGGCAUCGACAUGAAUGCUGUGUUGAAGGGGUUCCCAGAGUGUCUCCAGGCUGACAUCUGCCUCCACCUCAACCGUACCCUCCUGGAGAACUGCAAAGCCUUCAAGGGCUCCACUAAGGGCUGCCUGCGAGCCCUGGCCAUGAAGUUCAAGACCACCCACGCCCCGCCCGGCGACACCCUGGUGCACGCCGGCGACGUGCUCACCGCCAUCUACUUCAUCUCCCGCGGCUCCAUCGAGAUCCUCCGAGGCGACGUGGUGGUGGCCAUCUUGGGGAAGAAUGACAUAUUUGGCGAGCCCAUCAACCUUUACGGGCGAGCUGGGAAGUCUAACGCCGAUGUGAGAGCUCUGACCUACUGUGACCUCCAUAAGAUCCACAGAGAGGACGUCCUGGAGGUGUUAAACAUGUACCCCGAGUUCUCCGACCACUUCUGGAUGAACCUGGAGAUAACCUUUAACCUCCGGGAUACCAAUAUGAUUCCUGGCUCUCCAGAAAGUGACAACUCAGACUGUAUAGGAUUCAACAAACUGCGCAGACGCAAACUAUCAUUCCGGCGCCGGACAGAGAAGGAUGAUGCAGAUGCAGGAGAAAUUAAAAAGGAGAGAGACAAUAAACCACUACGGCGGAGACAGAAGGAGGCGGCCAGUAACCAGGGGGAGGGGCCUCUGAGCUCAGUGUCCUCCCACUCCAGUGGCGAUGAAGGGGAGGAGUCUGUGGUCACAUGCCCUGCCCCUCCAUCGGCUCUGCAUGAGAUGUCCCCGGCUCAGGCCACCACCCUGAACUUCAGCGACACUCCCGAGGGGGAGGGAGACCCAAAGGGGGGCAACACCUGCAAUGCACUCACAGGAGCAUUUUCAGGGGUGUCCAACAUCUUCAGUUUCUGGGGUGAGAGUCGGGGCAGUCGUGAGUACCAGGAACUGCCGCGCUGCAGCCUGCCCUACCCUCCCCCUCUUAACACGCCCCUCAACAGCAUUGGCCGCAGGCAGCGCACCGAGCUGGAGAACAGACUGGACCUGCUGCAGAAGCAACUCAACAGGCUGGAAACGAGGAUGUCGACAGACAUCGGGGCAAUCAUGCAACUACUACAGCGUCAGAUGGCCCUGGUGCCCCCAGCCUACAGCACUGUGUCGUCUCCCCCUCAGGCCUCACCCUACCCUGGCCCUGGUCCUGGAGAGAGGCUGGUGCAGUCUGAGACACUGGCUUCCCUCUCACAGAUCUCACACCCCCAGGACUUUGAGGAGUUCCCCGGCAAGUUGUGUGACUCUCUCCGCAGCCCUGAUCAGCUGCACCCCCAGGACUCGCCUCUGGUCAGCCCCACCGAGACACAACGAGACACCACUGGGCUGGGCAGCUUAAUCCUGGACCUGGACCUGGACCUGGGCAGCCUGGAGCUAGAACUAGGGGCUGGGUCAGUGGCAGGGUUGGAGUCAGGGAUGCGGGCAGGUUCAGGGUUGGGGUCAGGGAUGCGGGCAGGUUCAGGGUUGGGGUCAGGGAUGCAGGCAGGUUCAGGGUUGGGGUCAGUGGAAGGAGCGAAUGGCCUGGACCCUGACACCCAGCGAAGGCUCUCUCUGCCUGAGCCACAGACGCCCCUGGAUUCACAGACACCGCAGAGGCACAGCUCCGACCCUGGGGGGAGCUAAGGAGCGGUGAGGGGGAGGGAGGAGAAUAGGGACAGAGAGAGGGAAAGGAGGGGUAGCUCUGUUUUCCCUCUUUCCCAGUCACACAUCUCAUUGGGUCCGUUCCCUCAGUCCAGGCGUAAACAGACACACAUAAGGGGGUGUCCCUUUUCUCCCUUCAGCCUCUAAAACCUCACCUAUAGGCACUGAGUGUGUCUCACCUCUGACCUCUAACCUCUGACCUGAGGAGAAACCUUGUUUGGAGAGGGGGGGGGGUGUCUCUCUUUUUCAGGGGUCCUUUCCCCUAUCCAGCUCCUAACGUUACCACAGCGUUACCAAACCCAGAGAGAGAGAGAGAAGCACAGCCCUUCUGAACUCAGUCCGGUCCAUUCUGGCCUACAGAUGACUACAGACCGCUCAGUCACAUGACUGGUUCUGUUAAGAAACGUCCCUUUACUGCUGUAUCCAGUACUGGAUUACCAUAAUGGGGUGGGGAAAAAACAAUCAUAAUUAUAUAAGUAGCCAUUAUGUCUUGCACUGAAAUUUACAGACAUUCUAUCUAACAUGUCCGUGACGCUUCCGAAAACUGGUUGGUUGGUGGACUGUAGUGUUAGCUGGCCUAACAGAAACUCUGGUGUCCUGUCCUGUCCCCAUCAUUGGCCCCUUUUCCCUAAGGUCCAUAUCCCCGGAGGCGGAGCCAAGGCCCCAAGAGCAUACUGGAUUGGCUGGUUUGCACCUCAGGGGUGGGGUUGGAGGAAGGGUUUAAAAGCCAUGACUUCUUUGAUGAACAUAUCAAAUCGCUACCAGAACCGUGUACAGAUUGCUAGAUAACUGUCUUUGUACAGUUCAGUAUGCAAACACUGGCGAGAGAGGAAUGUUGUAUCCUAUAUCUGUGUUGAUAACAUCAGAUUCAGGUUCCAAAGCUUUUUGCCCUAGUUUUGUCGGUAGUUCACAAAGCAUAACACCCAUCUAACACCUGAAGAAGAAAAUGACCCACAUUUACCCGUCCAAGGAUCUGACUACACAGCAAUACUCAGCCCCAGGAGAGAACACACUCCACACACGUUACAAUGUAGAUCCUCCAUCCUCUCCCCGUGUUGCUGUACUACCACAGGGGUCCUGUCUCACUCCCUCCCUCCACCUGUCCUUUCUCUGGGGAGAGUCUCUGCACAUGGUAGUUGAUGGCGGCCUGCGAUACGCGGGGAACCUGAAGAUUGUAUUUAACCGCUUGCUGGUCUGAGCUUCUUAUUUAUUCAUUGGUUUUAGUCGUUUCAUGUUGUAGAUUGUACCAAAUAUGAUUUCUCGUUUUGCAGAAAGAAGAUGUACAGUUUAAACUUAUUUGGUGGAGGGAAUUGAAAUAAUAUUUUUUUGUUGUAAAUGUGAACAGGUACCUCUCCCCACAUGGGUACCUCUCCACCAGGUACCUCUCCCCACAUGUGUACCUCUCCACCAGGUACCUCUCCCCACAUGGGUACCUCUCCACCAGGUACCUCUCCCCACAUGGGUACCUCUCCACCAGGUACCUCUCCCCACAUGGGUACCUCUCCCCACAUGGGUACCUCUCCACCAGGUACCUCUCCCCACAUGGGUACCUCUCCACCAGGUACCUCUCCCCACAUGGGUACCUCUCCACCAGGUACCUCUCCCCACAUGGGUACCUCUCCACCAGGUACCUCUCCCCACAUGUGUGUGUUUGUUUUAAAUGUUAUGUCAGUACAACCAUUAUAGAUGCUACUUGAGUAAUAUGACUGUUUGACAGGAGUUGCACUUUAUUAUUCUAAUUCUAAUGAUUAUUUACUCUUCAUCAACCCCGACCAGAGAUGUUAGCACUGAUGUCAGUGUUCACCCACUGGGCACAGACAUUAAUUCAACAUCUAUGUUGGUUGAAUGUCAUUUUGUUGACAUGACGUGGAAACAACAAUGAUUCAACCCGUGUGUGUCCGGUGAGCAGUAAGAUAAUAUUCUCAUCAGAUCUGAGAAGGGGGUGGAGAG